AAACACGUGACGUUGCAUUGCUGCGACCGGUUGGCUUGGUGAAGCGGCUGUGAGGAGCGGAGUUUAGCGGCUUUACUGAGCGAUAUUUACAAUAUUACUGAUUUAGAAAAGGGCAGACUUGGGUCCUGUCGGGUUUAGGAGAGAUGGAGGAAUUCGCUGGGGGGUUUAUAUGAGCGGAGAGAUCAGCACAAGCCUUUAAAUACCAUGUAAAACCCUUACAGAGCGCUCCUUCAUUCCUGAGCCGCGAGAUAACCUAACUAACUGUUAGCUACUGUCAGGUAAUAAUAAUAACAGCAGCGGCCGGCAGCCUGGACUCCCGGUUCACUCUACAGCCGAGCGUUAAUGACUCACUCACCGGCACAGAAUAGCUUUAUUCCGCUACUGGACUAGACUCUCCACCGCCUUAGACAUGAGCUACUACAGCGGAGGAGGAGGAGGAAGAGGGAGAGGUAGAGGAAGAGGAGGAAGAAGAGGAGGAGGGUGGAGGGGAGAUGAUGGAGACUCGCGAUGGGAGCGCGGGGGAAACCGGGGCAGCUCGAGCUGGGAGGACCGGGAGGAAGGACACAGCCGAGAGGGAGGAGGAGGAGGAGGAGGAGGAGGAAGAGGAGGAGGGGGUCGAGGAAAGCACCCGGCUCACCUGAAGGGCAGGGAGAUAGGACUGUGGUAUGCCAAAUGGGGAGGAAUCAAGAGAAGCGAGGCAGAAAGAAAAUCGAGGGCUGUAGUUCAGAUGGAUGAGUCCAGGGAGCAGCACAUCACAAAGCUGCUGAAUUCAGUUCAGAGAGGACCUCCUCAAGAAGCCCACCCCUCUAAUUCUCAGUUUCAGCAAGUGAAGGAGGAGCCCAGUGGCCACAGUUACUUUGAUGGGGAUGAUCCUCCAGAACAGCAGGAGCAGCAGACCUUCAAAGUGCCAAAAAUUGAGCCAAAGGAGGAGGUGAGGAUGCGUGUGAAAGAGGAACCAGGAGCCAAAGAUCUAGAAUACUUAUUUCAAGAUGUUGUCCGGAAGCCCACGCUGGACGCUGAGCUGCAGAGUGAUUUGGAGAAUAAAAGAGAGAAUUCUAAAUACCUGGAUAUGCUGAAAUUCAGAGAGAAGCUGCCCUCGAACAGCAUGAGAGAGGAGCUGGUAGAGCUGAUAGAGGCGAACCGUGUGGUCGUGGUCAGUGGUGAAACUGGCUGUGGCAAAACCACGCAGGUCACACAGUUUAUCCUAGACGACUACAUUCAGCGCGGAGUGGGCUCCCUAUGCAGGGUGGUCUGCACCCAGCCGAGACGCAUCAGUGCCAUAUCUGUGGCGGAGAGGGUCGCAGCAGAGAGGGCGGAGGCUGUCGGAGAGGGGAAGUCCUGUGGGUAUCAGAUUCGUCUGCAGAGCCGGUUACCACGGAAACAAGGCUCGGUGUUGUAUUGUACGACUGGAAUUAUUCUUCAGUGGCUGCGCUCUGAUCCGUGUUUGUCCAGCGUCAGUCAUCUGGUUCUGGAUGAGAUCCAUGAGCGGAGUCUGCAGUCUGAUGUUCUCCUGGUCAUUGUUAAGGACCUGCUGAAGUCCAGGGAUGACCUGAAGGUGGUGCUCAUGAGCGCCACUCUCAACGCUGAUAAAUUCAGCAAGUACUUUGGCAACUGCCCUAUGAUCCACAUUCCAGGCUACACCUAUCCAGUCCAAGAGUACCUGCUGGAGGAUGUUAUAGAGAUGGUCAGGUUCAGACCACCGCAUCAGCAGGACCACCGGCCCCGGUUCCGGAGGGGCUUCAUGCAGGGUCACAACAUGUGGCCUGAGAAGGAGCAGAAAGAGGCGGAGUAUAAAGAGAGCUGGCCCUGCUACGCCCGCACACUCAGAGACAGGUUCUCAGACAGUACCAUCAACGCCCUGGAGAUGAUGGACGAGGAUGACAAGAUCAAUCUGGACCUGAUUGUAGCUCUCAUCCGCCACAUCGUGCUGAACGAAGACGAUGGAGCAAUCUUGGUGUUUUUGCCUGGCUGGGACAACAUCAGCGGCCUGAAUGACCUGCUCAUGGCCGAGCAGAUGUUUAAAUCUGACAAGUUCAUCAUCAUUCCACUGCACUCUCUGAUGCCCACCGUCAGCCAGACACAGGUUUUUAAAAGACCCCCUCCUGGAGUCCGAAAGAUUGUGAUCGCCACAAACAUCGCAGAAACAAGUAUUACUAUAGAUGAUGUGGUCUACGUGAUUGAUGGGGGGAAGAUUAAAGAGACGCACUUUGACACCCAGAACAACAUCAGCACGAUGACUGCCGAGUGGGUGAGCUUAGCCAAUGCCAAGCAGAGGAAGGGACGUGCUGGAAGAGUGUCUCCAGGUAAGUGCUAUCACCUGUAUAAUGGUCUGAGGGUGAGUCUGCUGGACAGCUAUCAGCUCCCUGAGAUCCAGCGCACUCCAUUGGAGGAGCUCUGCCUGCAGAUAAAGAUUCUGAAGUUGGGCCCUAUUGCGUCUUUUCUGAAGAAGGCUCUGGACCCUCCGUCAGACAGAGCCAUCGAGCUGGCCAUCACUCACCUAAUGGACCUGAAUGCGCUGGACCAAAAUGAGGAGCUGACUCCGUUGGGCUUCCAUCUGGCCCGGCUGCCUGUGGAGCCUCACAUUGGGAAAAUGAUUCUGUUCGGCGCUCUGCUCACCUGCCUGGACCCCGUGCUCACCAUCGCAGCCAGUCUGAGCUUUAAAGACCCCUUCUUCAUACCCCUGGGUAAAGAGAAGAUAGCAGACCAGCGGAGAAAAAUCCUGUCCAAAAACUCCAAGAGUGAUCAUCUCACCAUAGUCAACGCCUUCACGGGCUGGGAGGAAGCUAAGAGGCGGGGCUACAGGUGUGAGCGAGAAUACUGCUGGGACAACUUCCUGUCCUCCAACACUUUGCAGAUGCUGCAGAAUAUGAAAGGACAGUUUGCAGAGCAUCUGCUGGCGGCUGGUUUUGUGAGCAGUAAAGACCCUAAAGAUCCCAGAUCCAACAUCAACUCUGAUAACGAGAAGCUUCUUAAGGCUGUCAUCGUGGCUGGCCUUUACCCCAAAGUGGCCAAGAUCCGCCCCAGCCUGACUAAGAGGAGGCCGAUGCCAGUGAAGGUGUAUACUAAGUCUGAUGGGAAGGUUUGUAUCCAUCCUAAAUCUGUCAACGCUGAGGAGUCUCAGUUCCACUAUACCUGGCUCAUUUAUCACCUGAAGAUGAGAACCAGCAGUAUCUUCCUGUAUGAUUGCACAGAGGUGUCUCCCUUCUCUUUGCUCUUCUUCGGAGGUGACAUCUCCAUCCAGAGGGAUAAGGAUCAGGAGACCAUCGCUGUUGAUGAGUGGAUUGUCUUCCAAUCCCCAGCUCGCAUCGCUCACCUGGUGAAGAAUCUGAAGAAGGAACUGGACCUGCUGCUGGAGGAGAAGAUCAAGCAGCCGUGCCCGGUGGACUGGAGCGACCGCAGCUCUAAAGACUGCGCUGUGAUUUCAGCCAUCGUCGACCUCAUCACCACCCAGGAGAACACUGCAACACCGUACUCACCAGAACAGAGCAGGAAAAUUCCUCAGCACUGGGACGAAUGAUCCUGCAGAGCUGAGCUGCACAUUAAUCAGCACGAGGGCUGACGCACUGUAUCAUCUGUUAAAGUGCAUUAAAGGUGCAAUAAGCAGAAUUCUCUACAGCAACAAAAACAAACUAUUUUUGUUUGGAAAUUGAUUUAAUUGCAGUCGUACAGUACCACUCAAAAUGUUUUUUUCUUUAUUUCUGUAUUUAAUUAAUUUUCUAGGGCACAUACAGAAUUACAUGGUAAACAGUUAAAUAAAAAUGGGAUUGUCCUCCACAAUCCACUAAUCUAAACCUGAUGAACUUAGAUGAUGAUUUGGGAGGAGCUGGAGCUUCAAGAUGCUGAGAAAACUAUUCCAGGUGACUCUUCCUCAUUGAGACACUGAGAUAAAAAUACCAAGAGUGUGCAGAUCUGUCCUCAAAGAUAAAUGUUUUACUUAGAAGGAUCUAAAGUAUAAAACAUAUUCUGAUACUGUAUUUGUUAUCUGUUCUACAUUUAAACCAAACAAUAUCAGUUUAACCUGGGUUGACUGUUUCACUCUGUUUUGUUUUGUAUGUCCUGUAAAAUAAAUAUAAAAUAAAUAAAUAAAUAAAUAAAAAAUAAAAUAAAAUGCUGCUUAUUGCACCUUUAAUUAAUUUAAUUUCUUAAGACUUGUCAUUCAGAUCUUUUGUAUAAGUGCAGGCUGAGUGAUUGUGAGUAAAACUUUACCAGUGUAAUCACACUGGGUGGAAUGCAGAUGUGUUGCUGGUCCAGUAUAGGCAGAUUGAAUGUUGUUUUACUAUAUGGACAAAAGUAUUUGGGCUCCUGUUCAUUCAUAGUUUUUUUUUCCAGAAACAAUCUAUUAAAAAUAAGUUAAUCCUG